CUGUUAGCAGGUCAGCCCAGAUACAGGAGUGGCGAAGAGUGGGAUUUAUUUUCUCUGUUCCAUAGGCUACUUCAGCUUCUGCCACUGCCAAUGCCUCAGCAAUUGCUAAAAGUCUAGAUUUUGCCCUUCCUCCUGUGACUAAUCAAAUCAGAGAAGACACAUGUGAGAUAUUGGUGGUGAUCUCAGUUUGAAAUCCCCACUCACAAUGGUGCAUAUGUCAACCAGAAAUAUCCAGGCCAUCAACAUGUUCUUCUCCUCCUGGGCCUUAGUCUUCUUGGCGGUAGGAAUCAUCAUAGAAGAAUGGGUUGAACUAAAGUUGGAAACAAAAAAAAAUACAAUAAGCCACAGUCCAUGGAUAUCUUCCACUACUAUUUGGCCAGAAGAUGACCUGGAAGUGGUCAGGAUUAUGCUGAUUUUGGUCCUCAGCCUUUCCUUCUUCCAUAACUUGUUCCUGGGUUUGGAAUUCACCUAUCUGAUUCCUCAAACUAAACAUACCCUCUUCAUCAUUGUCUUCCUCAGUUUCCUUACAGGUAUCCUUCUGCUCUGUGCACUCCUACUGUAUCACCAAAAGCUAAGGCAAGGUCAAUCCGUGUACUACGCUAGUUACAAGAUCACCUGGAUCAUCUUCACUGCCUACUUAAAUGUUUUCGUCUUCAUUGCCUGUGGAAUCCUCUCCCUCCUACAGCACAAGCAGUCCAUCAAUAGUUGUGCCUGCCUGACCAUCAUUCAUAAAUCUGCCAGUGAAAGUCAGGAUAUACAGCAAUCUGGGAAUUCUAUCAAAGUUAUUUCAUUACCAGCACGCACUGCAAUGCCUCGUAGUAUUGUCCGUGUGCACUCCUCACAUACAAAGGAAGAUUCUCCAAACAAAUCACAAAUCCAAACACGUCGUGUAACCUGGGCUCUAUGAGUUGACAAUUUCUCUCUCAGUAUAUGCUCAUCCUAAUAGAAACAGCUUUGUGUGUAUGUGCUGUGUGUAUCUCCAACUGUGUUGUCUGUGUUUGGCAUUAUGUAAAUAACUGUGACUAAACUGAGGUCUGUAAGAAGAUCCAGAAGAUGGCUUUUUUUUUUUAUCCUGGCCUGCUGAACAAAGUUUCUUCUAUUUGUUCUCACCAUUUAAUAACAUUUGUUAUUAAUAUAAUAAAUAUUAUUA